AAAAGCGUGGUUUAUUUUCUCGCGUAUAGAACGAGUUAGCUUGCAGCAAGCUGCCAGUAAAAUAUUAGAUGUGGUCAAAACCGUCUAACCAUUUUGAUUUAAGACUUGAGGAGCAAGAGCUAUUCCACGGCAUUCAAAACAUCAAGCUACGAGGAAUAUGGGAUCCAAGAAGAGCAUGCAACAUCAUCAACGUCGAGCAGGAUGCGAACAUGAGGCAAAUAUUCACCUCUGUCAAUGACCGCAUUUUUUUGAAGUAUCGAUUCAUUCUAUCUCGAGAAUUGAACAUCUGUCCGAGCGUCAGAAUAUACGUGGAUAAUGGGAUGCCUCUGAUAGAUCAGCCACAAAUUGAAUUUAUACACAAUCGUAUGCUUCGAAGUUCUUCUCUUUUCCUAAGUUAUUGUGGCCUUACAAUGAUGCAUAUGCGCCCGAUAUAUUCUGAUCAGAGAAUAUGGGUAUCUGGUCUUAUUAGCUAUAUAUUUGAAAAGGAGGCAUUGCGACCACUGCAGUCAUCGUGCACCCUUAGAUACCACCCAAGAAAUCUCUCAAAUGCUUUGUGUGUUAUGUCAUUUGACUGUCAUCGAAUUGUGGAUUCGUACAACAUUCUCCGUAAUGGCAUCCUUACUUUGACAUACCUGACCAAAAAUAAGAAUCUGACGUUAGGAGUUUCGGCCUCGUGUUUGACGACGUAUAAGCCUUUUUCGAAGUGGGUCGGUGCUUCAAGGCUUUCGAUCGGCGGUUUGUGGACAUUAUCAGAUCGAAACGUGACCGUCAGGGCAUCUGCGCAGAUAAGUCCAGGAAAUCCAAUAGCUAAUCACAGGAUAAGGUUGCUUACCGCAUAUCUCAUUCCGGACGUAGGGGCGAGUUUGUACGCGUACGCGAAGUAUGGAUCGAAAUAUUCGUCGCCUAAGUUUGGAAUAGGGAUUCGAUGGGAGGGAGAUAAUGCUCUUCACGUUUAGUUUGUGAGCGCGGAAGGGUUUGCAGAGGGGGCUCUUGAUGGCUGUCAAACGUUCUAAGACACGUUGUGAUAUUAUUCUUAAGAGAGCUGCAACAUUCUUUGUGAUAUAAAAAAAAUGCGAUAUUUUAA